ACACAUGUAUAAAACCCACAUAAACAUCAUUACCAUAAUAUAGUAGCAUUAAUAGAAAAUGGCAACAGAAGUAAGUUAUAUUUGCAAAAGAACCGUGGUGAGCACCAAGGCAGUGGAGCCAGGAAGGUUCUUCCCCUUAUCAGUUUUGGACCAUCACAUGGAGAAGAACCACAUAAGGAUGGUGUACUAUUACCAAACAUCAAGAGAAGUUGAAGUUGGAGGAGUGACCAAGAAGUUGAGAGAGAGCUUGUCAGAGAUGCUCACCCAUUUUCCCAUAGUGAGUGGAAGGUUGGUAAGAGAUGAUGAGAGAGGGCAUUGGAAGAUCAAGUGCAAUGAUGCUGGGGUUAGAAUGGUGGAGGCCAAAGCCAAGGGGAGUGUGGAAGGGUGGCUAACAAACCUUGAUAGGGAAAAGGAACUCCAACUUGUGCAUUGGGAGGAAAUGUUUCAUAAGCCUUACUAUUGGUCCACCUUUUAUGUCCAGUUGACUGAAUUUGAAGAAGGUGGACUAGCAAUUGGUCUUAGUUGCAUUCAUCUCUUGGCAGAUUCCACAUGUGCAACCACAUUCAUGAAAGCUUGGGCUGACAUUUCAUUGUGCAACAAAAUGAUUACUCCUCCACUAUUCCACCCUUUACCUCCUCCAAGACCAAGAAAUAGAAACCCUAAUCAUCACCCCCACAUGGAAUUAAUACAUCACUACAAAUCCUUAAUUGAGAAACCCAUUGCUUUGAAAGAUGUAAGGUACACUACCAUUUCCCUGGGCUUCUCAGACCACAUGGUCCAGGCUUGCAUGUCCAUGGUCCAACCCAAUGGCCCAAUAACACCAUUUGAGGCACUAACAACAUUGUUUUGGGUCUCUUUGAGCAAAAUCAAGGGAUUGGGAAAUGGGCUUGUUGACAUGUCCAUAUGUUUGGACAUGAGAAAAGUGUUAGGCCUAGAUUAUGGAUUCUUUGGAAAUUGCAUGGUGUAUAAUAAGGUGCAUGUAGAAGGUAACAAAUUUCCACAAGUUGUUAAAGCCAUAAGUGAUGUUGUGACUAAGAUGAAUAGUGAGGGAAUCAUGGAUCUAAUCGAGUGGCUAGAAAACAAUGAUACAAGUUCACUUACCAUGAUGAACGGUCACGAUUUGGUUUGUGCUAGCUUAGAGGGUGUGGACCCUUAUUUAGCUGUGUUUCAAGAUUGGUUCAAACCCAUUCAUGUUUCAUAUUAUGUGGAACCUGUUUUGGGAGAAGGGCAAGUUUUGAUUCUCCCUGGCAAACAAGGGGAGGGUCCCUUAAGCAGGGUGGCCAUGGUGACACUUAGGGAAGAGGAAGCAAUUAAGCUUUGUGAAGAUGAUGUCAUUUCACAAUUCUCUCCCUCUAUCUUGAUGAAAUGUCAAUAAACAAUAUUUGUGUUUUAUUUAUAUAUGUCAAUAAUGGGGGAUUAGGUUGAGAGAAAUUAUUUCAUUUGCUUCAUGUAUU